GAGCUUGGACGGAAGCGACCUCCGUCUCGACUUCCACUUUCAUUCACGACCCUGCAUCGACAGGAUGCCACUCAUUGAUAAAUAAUUUCCUCCCUCCCCCAUAAUUGUUCUUCUAUUAUCUCCCAGAGCACCUCUAACCUUCACUCCCAUCUCGCACCAGUUGGUCUUGAGAUUGGUUGUUCUAUCGACUUGCAACGUUGCACCCCAUCCCACACACAGACACCCGGCGGAUUAGCCAACAUCCUCGAGGACCAUGUCUGAAAAAAUCGCCCAGUCGAAUCUAGAGCCGGUCCAUGAUGAUGGAGAAAAGAAGGAGGUGAAGACCCAUGUGGUCACGGGUAACGAGGCCUUCAACGAGGCCAUGCUUAAGGAGCCCCCGAAUGCUUGGUCUAAAGCCCAGCUCUUCGUCUAUGCCUUUUCCGUCGUUGGAUUCUUCUGCAGUACCAUGAACGGUUACGAUGGUUCACUCAUCAACAAUCUGCUCCAGAACAAAUGGUUCAAGGAAACGUACAACAUUGAAAAUGACGGUCUCUGGGCCGGCAUUGUCUCUUCCAUGUACCAGAUCGGUGGUGUUGUUGCCCUCCCCUUUGUCGGUCCAUCCAUCGAUGGCUUCGGUCGUCGCGUAGGUAUGCUCAUUGGUGCUCUCAUCAUCAUUGUCGGUACCAUCAUCCAGGGCACAUCGAAUUCGAUGGGUCAGUUCAUGGGAGGUCGCUUUUUGCUCGGCUUUGGUGUCUCCAUUGCAGCCUCGGCCGGUCCCAUGUAUGUCGUUGAAAUCAACCACCCUGCAUUCCGUGGUGUUGUCGGUGCCAUGUACAAUACUCUUUGGUUCAGUGGUGCCAUUAUUUCUGCUGGUUCCGCUCGAGGCGGUCUCAACACAGGAGGAGACUACUCCUGGCGCCUUAUCACCUGGCUGCAGGCUCUUUUCUCUGGUCUAAUCGUUCUCCUCUGCAUGCUUAUUCCCGAGUCUCCUCGAUGGCUUUACGUCAACAACAAGCAGGACCAGGCUAAGGCAGUUCUGGCCAAGUAUCACGGCGAAGGAAACCCCGAGUCUGCUUGGGUUAAGCUCCAGCUUCACGAGUACGAGGAGUGUCUAGACCUGGACGGUGCCGACAAGCGCUGGUGGGAUUACCGGGCGUUGUUCCGCAACCGAGCUGCCGUAUACCGUUUGACUUGCAACGUUGUUGUUUCCAUCUUCGGUCAGUGGGCAGGAAACGCCGUGCUGUCGUAUUUCCUCGGAUCGGUUCUCGACACCGCCGGCUACACUGGAAGCAUCGCACAGGCCAACAUCACUCUUAUCAACAACUGUCAACAGUUUGCCUUUGCUAUUCUCGGAGCCUGUCUGGUUGACAGAAUUGGCCGCCGCCCAUUGCUUCUGUUCUCCUUCACUGGAUGCACCGUCGUGUGGCUUGGAAUGACGAUCGCGUCAUCUGAGUUCGCCAAAUCCUACGCAGGAAUUGAUGAAAAUGAUAAGGCUAUCUACACCAACCACGCUGCUUCCAAGGCAUCUUUGGCCAUGAUCUUCAUCUUUGGUGCGAUUUAUUCCGUCGGUAUUACUCCCCUCCAGGCCCUGUACCCUGUCGAGGUUCUCUCCUUCGAGAUGCGAGCCAAGGGCAUGGCCUUCUCCAACCUGGCGGUCAAUGCUGCUGGUCUCCUAAACCAGUUUGCCUGGCCUGUUUCCAUGGAAAAGAUUGGCUGGAAGACCUACAUUGUAUUCACUAUCUGGGAUGCAAUCCAAGUCUUGGUGGUUUACGUACUGAUUCCCGAGACCAAGGGUCGUACUCUUGAGGAACUUGACGAGAUCUUCGCGGCAAAGAAUCCUGUCAAGACGUCAACCACGAAGAAGAUUUUGGCUGUCGAUAGGUACGGAGAUGUUGUAAAUAUCCAGGACGCGUAAAGGGACAUGGAAUUUGAUACAGCUCUGUGCAUUUCUUACCUUCGCAGUUAAUCCCCGAGUCUGCAGUAUCUGCCCAUAUCUGUCUAUCGGGAUUCAUUCAAAGAUUAGUACAGCUUGCAUUUUUAGGUCUCUAAAUAUGAACCCGAUGAUUAUUUUACUGCUUUAAAUGCCUGUGCUGCGUUGCAUUGCCCGGGAUUAAGGUUGAGAAACCACCUUGCCAUGAAUGGCUCAGGAUAUGAAAACGCCUCAUUGUUUUG